AUGGCUCUCUCCUUCAUCCAUGAAAAUCAUAUGUUGCGUGUACUAGCCAUCGCAGCGCUGCACCUGCUGCAGCUCCAGACCGUCACACCAGUGCUCCUAGCAGACACCAACCUAGCAUGGCCUGGUUGCAUUAGCAAGUGCGGUGAGGUCAGCGUACCUUACCCGUUCGGUGUUGGUGCCGGGUGCUACCGCAAAGGUUUCGAGCUCACCUGCAACGAGACCUACAACCCCCCGAAGCUCUUCUUGGAUUUGGAUGGUACAGGAGCCGAGGUGCUCAACAUAUCUCUGCAUCAUGGGAAGCUCUAUGUUGAUAAUGGUAUCGUCAGGCUUUCCGGGAGGGAUAGUUACAAUAUGACAUGGGGGAUCCCCCUUGAUGGCAGCAUCUUCUCAGUAUCCCCGUUUUGGAACAACUUCGUCAUCAUGGGCUGUGGGUUUGAGUUUCGUGUUAGUCAGCCAGAUGUAGACAACAUGAUCGUUAGGUGUACAUCAUCGUGCCUGCUUGGGCGUCCUGCAGUAGCCACUGAUGGCGUGUGCUCUGGUGUUGGCUGCUGUCAGGCAUCCAUGCCAGGAGCAGGCAACAUGUACUCCAUUAAGCUUGCCUCUUACACUGCAGUAGAGGACAUAACCAUGCCAGGACAGCCAUUCAACGCUACUUUAGUCAUGGUGGCGAACGAGUGGUGGGAAACAGACAACCAUUCCAUGCUAUUGCAGAAGGCAGUCUCAGAAUCAGAUGGUCUAGCCACAUCUGCUGGGCCAGUGCAAACCAAGGCGGUUGUCAAGUGGAAUUUCAGCAACUCGUCUUGUGCUGAUGCUCAGAGCUCAGAUGAUUUUGGGUGCCUCAGCUACAAUAGUUACUGCCAUGAUCACUGGACUGGCGAAUCCUCAGGGCACAUAUGCCGCUGCAGUAAUGGUUAUGAGGGCAACCCUUACAUACCAAAUGGAUGCCAAGGAUUAGCUGUUGCUACAGGGUUUGGCAGUGGCGCACUCCUUCUGCUUCUGACUUUUUCUGCUAUUCUCGUAAGGGGAAAGCUAAGAGCCCAAAAGGCCAAACAAUUGAGAGAUUUUUUCUUCAGGAAAAAUCGUGGGUUGUUGUUGCAACAGUUAGUAGACAAGGACAUUGCUGAAAGGAUGAUCUUCAGCUUAGAAGAGCUAGAAAAGGCAACAAAUACAUUUGACGAGGAUCGAAAGAUCGGCAACGGAGGCCAUGGCACCGUCUACAAAGGCAUAUUGUCUGACCAGCGUGUCGUUGCCAUUAAGAGGUCAACGCGAGCAAUCCAAAGUGAAACGGAUAAUUUCAUCAAUGAGGUCGCCAUUCUUUCUCAAAUAAACCACAGGAAUGUGGUAAAACUCUUUGGAUGCUGUCUAGAGACAGAAGUUCCACUGUUAGUCUAUGAGUUCAUUUCAAAUGGAACCCUUUAUGAGCAUCUUCAUGUUACUUCUUCACUGUCAUUGUCAUGGAGGGAACGACUGAGAAUUGCGCUUGAAGUUGCGCGGUCCCUUGCAUAUCUACACUCAGCUGCUUCAGUGUCAAUAAUUCACAGAGACAUCAAGGCCACCAACAUUCUGCUUGAUGAUAAUCUAACAGCCAAAGUGUCAGACUUUGGAGCUUCCCGAGGCAUCCCUAUUGAUCAGACUAGAGUAACAACUGCCAUUCAAGGGACUUUUGGAUAUCUGGAUCCAGAGUGCUACAACACGAGAAAGCUCACUGAGAAGAGUGACGUGUACAGCUUCGGUGUCAUGCUAGUGGAGCUUUUAACAAGGGAGAAACCACAUAUUUACAUGUCACCAGCAGGUUACAGUCUGGUGGAACAGUUUCUCUUGCUACACAACCAAGGCAAGCUCUCUGAGAUACUAGACCCUCAAGUCGCCAGGGAAGGGGAUGAAGAUGCCAGGGAAGUGGCAGAGGUCGCAGCAUUGUGCAUAAGCUCAAGCGGGAAAGAUAGGCCCAUGAUGAAGCAAGUCGAGAUGAGACUUGAGGCACUGCAAAGUGCAUCAACCAACAUUGGGAACAACCCAAGAACCGAGGUGCACGUAGUGAACAUUCCUUCAGCUGGGCAAGGAAGUGGUGAUACUGAUGGGACCAGGCGGUUCAGUAUGGAAAGGGAGAUCUUGCUAUCUAUGGAAUUCCCACGGUAA